AAAAUUUCAGUUCCCUUCUUCCAGUUCUUGCCAAUGGCUCGUCGCAGAAAAACUCGGACACACUUGAAAGGAGAGGCUGCUAAGGAUGCCUCUGAUAGCUCUGCGCCAAAAUCCUUCAUCAUCAAGCAUGGUCAGGUUGGAUCUUCAGUUUCUCAGCUUGUGAGGGACAUGCGGAAAGUAAUGGAGCCCAACACCGCGAGUCGGCUUAAGGAAAGGAAUAGGAAUAAAUUAAAAGACUACUUGACGCUAGCUCCUGCAUUGCAUGUAACACAUCUUCUGGCGUUCACACUAACCGACAUUGCGCCCUCAUUUCGGAUCGUCCGUUUGUCCAAUGGCCCGACUUUGAGUUUCCGGGUUGAAAGAUAUAGUCUUAUGAAAGAUAUUCUGAACACUUCUAGAAGAGCACGGAGUAUUGGCAUGGAAUAUCUCACUCCUCCACUCCUCGUCCUCGCUUCAUUCCCUCCCCCAGGUCCUAAUGCGCCUCCUCAUCUUCCUCUUGUCAUGAAAGCUUUUCAAUCCCUCUUUCCCUCACUAUCACCACAGAACUUGACUCUUUCCUCCGCUCGUCGUAUCGUACUUGUCGCAUACAACUCUGAGCUUGGAACCCUCGACUUCCGACAUUACAUUAUCACCAUAAAACCCUAUGGGGUUUCUAAACGCGUUCGCCGCGUUUUAGAAGGCGCCACGGUUAAAAGCUCAACUGGAUCUGUACUGGAUCUCGGGAAUGAAAAAGACGUCGCAGAUUUUGUACUUCGUAAACGCGGAGAGCCAGGUCCUGAUGGUGGAUACGAGAGCGCCGCUUCGUCUGCCGAAAGCGUGGCUGGGGACGACGGAGAUGCAGUCAAUCUGGCAGACGAUUAUGUUGGACGAAACAACAAAAAAGGUCAACGUAGAGCAGUAAGGCUAGACGAAGUCGGACCCAGACUGGAACUCCGCCUUGUGAAGAUCACAGAAGGUGUCCCUGGAAAAGAAGGCGGCGUGUUGUAUCACGAAUUCGUGAAAAAAUCAAAAAAGGAGAUCGCCGCACAAAAUGCUGUUCAUGCUGCGAAAGAGAAACUCAGAAAGGAGAGACGGGAGGAGCAAGAACGGAACGUCGCUUCCAAGAAGGCCGAGAAAACCAAAAAUGGAAAAGGUGUUCAUCUUGAAAGUAAUGAAGACGAAGCUGGAAAUGAUGAUGAUGAUGCGGAUGCCGCUGUGGACGAUUGGGAUAAUGAAGAGGAAAUCACCGAUGGCGAGGAAAGUCAACUAGAUGAGGCAGAAGAAAGUAGUGACGAUGAGGAGGUACAGAGGCCGAACAAGAAGGUCAAAGUGCGGGGGAAGGGAUAACGACAUAGUUUGACAUUGUGUAAUUUACUGCAUGGGGGGUGUCGGUGAAGCUUUGAGGGGGUGAGAUCAUAUCUUCAUUUCUUUGCUUCU